UUUUGAAUGAACUUUCUCCUUAGAUUUUUUUGUUUCGUUAAUAAGCUAAAAGUAUUAAUUUUGAAUGUCCAGCCAAAAUAUAUUUUUGAAUAAGUGUUAAAUAAAUGGACAUAUAGCUUCAUAACCAGUUAACAGACAGAAACAGACAAAGUGAUAUAAUUUAUAUUAUAACAGUUGCUACAGUGUUAAUUUUAAAUGUCCUUCCCCGGCUUCCAUACUACACUGUUAAACAAGCACGCUUAGGAAGGUUUAUUUUGAAAAGAGUAGUGUCAAUGUGCAUAAGAUACGUGUAGCAGUCUAGAAAGGCGUUUUGAGGUCGUAGGAUUAACAGUUUGCGAUCAUACGAAAUCAGUUUUGAUCAUACGACUUCUUUAAUGUGAUCUGAUAAUAUCUAUAGGACUUCUGAAUUUGAUUAUUUACUUAUUUUCUCAUAAUCAGGGACAUGGAGCCGACACGCGAUUAUAUGGACGGAGCCGACAUCACCUGGCGUCACGAAAAGCCAAACUAUGACGACAUUAACCGGAAGUACAUGAAGGAGAAGCAACGGAACCAUGCUGAAGGCUCUCUUGAGAAGACUGUAGAAAAUCUCGUUAAAACUUGGGAAAUGGAAAGUUCACAUAAAAUGGACGAAAAGGACUGGCAAUCAGUCGACAAGAACGUGUUCUACAUUGCAAGCAAUGGCGGAAAGAAGUUUACCUUAGAGGACAAUAUAAAACUCGGCAACUACAAUAUACUCAUGGCAGACAGCCCAUUGUACGAUGCAUCCAUCACCAAUCAACAGUCGCACGAUAUCUUUAGGACUGCGUUGCCUGGAGGGUUUGCCUGGGAGGUUCUUGACGUGUACUCUGGGCCUCCAGAUGUGUCAUUCACGUGGCGCCAUUGGGGAAACUGGGAAGGUCAUUACAACGAAGUCCCGCCUACCGGAGAGAACAUUGAAAUGAUUGGUCACUGUGUUGCUCGAGUGACGGACCAACUAAAGAUCCAGUCAAUCGAUGUGUAUUACGACCCUAAUUCAAUGCUGAGCAAGCUGUCGAACUUUAGCGAGAAGGGCUGUCCUUUUACGAAAAAGUGUUGAGACGGCAGUAUGUGUAACACUCUCAAAUGGGCAGGGAGUAUAACUUAAAGCUGGUUUCCAAAAAUGACUUCAAAAAAGUAUCGUCAAUUGGCACAUACACGGACAUUAUUAUUUCAAGAAACCCACACAUAUGCUGUAUAUUAUUGAAAUCGCUCUUUUGUGACAUUAACCUACUUACACAUAUAUCUUCAAUCAAUCAUUAUUUAGUCUUACCCUUUUUUAACACGCAUGUAAUAAAAAUACUGAGGUAAUAACCACGAGUUACUUCAAUUAGUUCUAUCCUGUGGUAAAUGUGUAAUGACCCUGUCAUAACAGGACAUAUUGAAUUGAACAAUUUGGGACGUUUUGCCCAAAUCGGGGACGUUUUGACUAUCGGACGUUUAAAUCUAGGGACGUUUUGACCUGCAACCGACUUGCAUAUUAAGAAUUUACCUAUUGAUGCAUUGGACACUUUUGAAAACAUGGGACUUUCAUAUAUUAACCUGAAAUUUAAUUAUAAUAUAUAACAUUUAUGAUUCAAGUAAUACUUCUUACGUCAUUAUCCAUUGGUUUAUAAACGAUGAGAUGUUGAUCUGAAUAUGCAAAGUAGGUAAAAUUCCUACUUAACCAUAUUUUCAUUCUAUAUCAAAAUAACCAGUUUGCUGAUUCUUGAUAAUAGUAAUUCCUUAGAAUAUGUAUACUCCUUUGCUAAAAGUAAAAGACAUUAACUAACAUU